GCCAGCGAAUUAUUAAUUCAUUUACCUUUAAAUGUAAUAUAGUUAACUAAAGAUUCGCAUUGUUAGACAUGGGGUUAUUUUAUUAUUUUUUUCGUUUCGUAAUUUGUAACUGCGUGGACUGGUACAAACGGGAGGGUAAUGAAAGCAGUUCUAGGAUCAGAUUCGUUUAGAAAACGCACCGAAUAUCAAUUCAGUCUCACAGGACUACUGCUGAUCUCAGAUCAGAGCCGCCGGUCUAUAUAUUAUGAUAUAAUACGACGUCGUCUAUUAUAGAUCAGAGCGCCUUCGCGUCGACGUGCGUCACAGGCUGAGCGCGUGACGUCAUUUCCGGUGCCGCGAUGGCGGUGGAUUUGACUCCUCGCUUCAGAAGGCUGAACAGUCAAAGCUGUUUUAGAGAAAAUAAACAACUGCUAGGUACGAAAAAACGAUUCAUACAAUUCACGCACGCGUACAACAUCAUUGAGGCUCUGAGGACGCAGGUGGAGCUCCGCCCCCGCAGACAGCACCUGCGUGUCUAUCACGACUGCUUCACCGGCUCCGAUGCUGUGGACGUGGUUCUGAGUCACCUCAUGCAGAACAUCUACUUCUGCUCCAGCGAAGUGUCCCGUCUCAAAGCCGCCAGGCUCUGCCAGGCCCUGAUGGAGUCUAGAGUCUUCGAACCAAUCGGGAUAAAGCUCUUCAAACGAGAAAAAGAAAUGACCUUUGAAGACUCCAGCUGCAGCCUCUACCGCUUUCUGGACGGAUCGACCAAAAAGACACGCGGUGGCAGCGAGGACCAGACUCCAGACAAACAAACUGGAAAGAGGAAAACCACAUCGAGGUUUGGAGAAAUGCAGACCAUCUCCAACCCUUUGGUUCUCGGAUCAUCGGAUAGAAGAGUGGAGAGACUGCUGAAGAACAUAAACCUGCACCCAUCUGUGCCCUCGGAUUUGAAUCGUGCUGCCGUUUCCAACAGCUUCCUGUCAAAAAAAGUGGUGCGGGACGUUUGGAGGCAGCAGGCGUUGCUCCAGUUGCUACAGUUGGUUGAAAUCUCUAUGUUAGACCGUAUCCUGUCCUCACCUGCCAAACCGGAGCCCCUGCGCUCGUCGUCUCUACGCCACCACGGUGACCUGGUCAUCUCCAACACCUGCGUGGAUCGAGAAGUGUCCGAGAGUCUCAACUUGCCCGAGCUGGACCCUUGGCUGACGGCAGCCGUGGAUUGCCUCGAUCUGUUCCCAGAUCAGUUAAUCGUGGUCGCCAGUGAACAGCUGAUUCAACAGAACGGGAAGGAGAAGCAGAAGAGACUGCUGUUCGACACCAUUGCCAAAUAUUACAACAGCCCAGAGAGACCUCCACUGCUGUCAGGACGAUACACCGACAUCCAGACCGGAAUCCUGCAUCUUUUGGAUGGCGGGAGAGGUGAAGAUGCCCUGAGAGCAGCUCAGCUCUGCUUGCAGUUGCUGGAGUCCACCAGCAGAGAUGAGUUACGUAGACUGUUGGCUUUCAUGGCAGCUGCUGCAGAUAAAGAAGCUUUCAGACUGCACAAGCAGCUUGAGAACCGCGCUCUGGUCAGCAAGACGUUUGUGAAGGCCGUGGUCCUGAGCAAAGAAAUGACUCGCGUCCAGUGUGAGCAGCUGCUGCUGUUCCUCGUGGAUAAUCACACGCGGCUCUUCAAGACGCCAUCAUCGCUGAUUGAGGCCGUGAGGAAGACGCUUCAAACUCUGCGGCAAGGGAGGGAUCUGAACAAUGUAGCGCUGUUCGCCUUCUGCCAGCAGGUAACGCUCCAGCAGUACGAGGAUAACAAAGAUGAAGCCACUCUCGACGGUUUGAAGAAGUUGAUGCGCCACAUCGCUCACAGCGACGGCCUGUCCGUCAAACGGAAGAGACGACUGGCCAAACAGUUCCAGAAACAUCACCCAGGGAUUUUCCUCCAGCACUUCUUUUCCUCGUUCUAAUAGCACUGGAUGAAAAUAGCCUGUGAAUGUUUUUUUUUUUUAAUAUGAGUUAUAGAUGUAGACCCUUUUGGGAAGGUUUUGAUGAAUUCCACGAACCUUCCGAUCCUUUCAUAGACGGAAAAGGAUCCUAAAUCGUUGCAGUAGUCCGCGUGACAUCCACGGGAACUUAGGAAAAUGCUUUUUGUGCGCGGAGAAAACGCGUUCGGUUCACCCUAUAGCGCCGUUUUGGAGUGUGUCGCAUACAGAAACGAUGUACGCUACGCAAAAAAUAAUAAUAGUCAUUUUUGACACUAAUUGACAGAAUUUUUGACGCUAAUACUUUACACUUAAUUUUAUUAGUUGAAGGCAUUUUGUACACAGUGGCUUCAUCAGUUUCAGGACGGUGAGAACGCGCCCGUGUUUUACCUGAUGUAACAUAAUUAGAAAUUUAUAACAAACGUGCAGCACUGUGCUUGUAGACGGGCGAUUUAGUUUGCAAGUAGACUCGAUUUGUACAAGCUUUAAGCUUUAUCUGCAGGACCGGUCCGUAAAAAAAGGAAUAUAAUGAAGUGCUGAUCACUACAUCUCAGUGUAGAAUUACUUGAAUUGUGUGAAAUGCUCAGGUCUUUUAUUAUUAUUAUUAUUAUUAUUAUUUUUAAAGCUAUCAGAAAUAGUUUUAGCUGCACUUGAAAUUAAGAAAUGGAUAACUACGCCUUAAAAGGUAGAAAUUUGAUUUAUGCUCUUUUUUUUUUUGUAGGUGAAAGGAUCACUUAUUAACUUUUUUUUGCAAUGACUGUGAGCACAGAUGUUUUCUAAUUAAUAUUAAUGUAUUACUGUGCAACUUCUGAGUUUUAAGUGGAUUUUGAAUUAAAAUGUAGCAUAGCAUAGUGUUACUGUUAAAAAUAAAUAAAAAAUAUUCGGGAAAGACAAAGGGACAUUUAUUACCAAGUAAUGAUCAUGAGUAAGUUUAGGCAUCGUUAGAAUUUUAUCAAUUCCAAUUCCGAUUCUUAUUGAUUGUAAUGUAGUAAAAAAAUUAAAAAAGGGGUAUAAAAAUGAAGAUGUUAAGCAGAUUUUUUUGUCCCGUAUUUUUUUCGUGUUAUUAGCCAAUUUUUACCACCUAAAAA